UUAGAGGAUGUCAGUUUAUUGAGCAGCUGGAUUACAGUCAAACAGCGGUGUCUUCGCUGAGAUAUAUUAUGUAGACGCCUGAAUAUAAAGCGGUUUAAAUAAGCGGUGGCCAUUGAUGGAUGCGUCGGAUGUAUGGCAGGUGACGUCAAAGGUCUGUCAUUCUGGCGAGCAUCGCCUUCAUCUCAUGUUCAGCAGAUCGUGAUCUGGCUCAGUGGACUCAAACAGCCCUGCUGUAUACAGAGAGAGUCCUCGAAUGAAUGAUUUUGACUUCAAAACGAUGUCUUUGUGAAACAUCAUGUCUUUAUCAGUGGAUAUACUGACAACUGAAAGGUAUUUCUGCUGAUGCCUCUUUAUAAACUCAGAGAACAUGAUUGGCUCACCAGAUGUGGUGGCUUUUACCAAAGAAGAUGACUUUGGGGACUUCUCAGAUCCGUUGUCACUUCCAGAGGAGUUUUCUGUGCCUUUGUUUACUCAUGCUGCCAAUGCAAAUCCAUGGACGAAGACAUCCUAUGCGAAAUUCUCAAAAGACUUCAUUCUCAUCUCUGAAUUUUCAGAGCAGGUGGGUCCACAGCCUUUACUCACCAUUCCCAGUGACCCCAAGGUGUGUGGAACAUUUGACCUUAACUACUUCUCGCUUCGCAUCAUGUCUGUGGACUACCAGGCGUCUUUUGUCGGUCAUCCUCCUGGGAGUAACUACCCAAAGCUUAAUUUUGUGGAGGACUCAAAAGUGGUUCUGGGUGACUCGAAGGAAGGCGCAUUCGCCUAUGUCCAUCACCUGACGCUGUAUGAUUUGGAGGCUCGUGGAUUUGUACGGCCCUUUUGUAUGGCCUACAUUUCUGCAGAUGAAAGGAAGAUCAUGCAGCAGUUCCAGGAACUGUCAUCUGAGUUUUCAAAGGCCUCAGAAUGUCUGAAAUCAGGAAAUAGGAAAGCUUUCGCAAACGAGCUGGAAAAGAAACUAAAAGACCUGGAGUACACCAGAUCGGUGUUGCACAAAGAGACAGAGCUGCAGAAAAUGAACAAUGGCUGUUACUCCACACAAGCCAUCGAGAAGGCGAAUGAAUUAGCAAAUGUGGAGAAGUCCAUCUAUGAGCACAAAGAUCUGCUGAGGCAAAUCACAUCCUAUCCUUCCAAGAGAAAGAGAGAUGUGGAUUCUGUACAAUGUGAGGCAGAGAAACCCCCUGUAUUGGACGAGACCCUAAAUAGCAAUCCUUCUGACAGUGCAGAAAACACAGAAAGUAGAAAGUCUUCUUACACGCCGCAGCUCAUCAAGGCCAAAUCUGCAAAGUGUUUUGAUAAACGCUUGAAAACGCUGGAGGAGCUCUGCGACACUAGCUUUUUCCUCCAAACUCUAGAGCAGCUAAACGCAGUGGAGAAGUCCUUCCGAGGAGAUCUGUGCCUCAUUUACACCAGCCAGAUCGACAGGGCUCUUGUGAGCAAACAGAGAGUUACUAGUUUUCUCUUCGAAGCCGAACACGACUGGGAGGACGGAGGAACCUCAAAGAACUUCAGUAUUCCUUCCAACAACCCAACAAUCCCCAUCCUGAACUUAUCCGGCGAGCCGCUGAGUCUGGACUCCUACACCACCUGCAUAGACGUAGACCACCUUAAGCCAGGUGUGGAGUCUGGGGAAGGUCCUCCCGAGUCCAGCACAUCUGACAUCACACAGGAGACCUCUGAAGCCGCCGACACCGAGACCAAAGGCAGUUUUAGUAGCGACAAGAGCAUAGAGGCUCUAGGAAGUGUUAGUCCUUCCAGUCUACAAACAAAUUUCUUUGAUGGCCUUGAAAGGAGAAGCAAGAUAUCCAAUGCAUCCUAUUCUGAAAAUGCAUCUAGCUCUAUUGCUGUCCCACAUAGGAGAUCUGAUGGGAAUCUAGUACAGAUGGAUGCAGCUUGCUGUAUUGGACAUGAUGGUUUUAUUUUUGAGGAUCCUUUACCUGAGCUUGCUCAGGAGUGUUGCGGCGACACCGUGGUCAACCAAGAGCCUCUGUCUCUUCUUCAUGGAGAUCCUGCCUUACAGAUGGACUACAUUUUGGAAGAGAGCCCCAACAUGGGAUUGACUUUUUCUGAACUCAACACUAGCGUUCUCUCUGAGGAGGUGGCAAAAAUUAACAUCGAGGAUGUCUUUGAUCGCACCAGCUUCAUGAGUGCCUCUACAAGUUCUGACCGAGCUGUAUCUCCUUUCACCUACGGCAGUGUGUUGACCAUAAAGCAGAAGAAGAAAGCUGGACACAGCGUUCUUCGCUUCAUCAGGCAAUACCCCUUUGCUCAGCAAGCCAUUUCCUGCCUUCUGAGUGGCCGAACGCUUGUUAUUUUGGGAAUUGAUGAGGGCACGGUGAGGAAGCUGGUGAACGCUUUAUUCAUUUUUGUGCCAAAUCUGGGAAAGUAUGGUGAAACCGUCCAGCCGUGGCUCUCAACGCCAUUUCAGCUUACAGACCUGCAGAGAUGGAAACUUAUUGGAUUGCAGAGAGCUGCCUCUCCGGCUGGAUCCAGCAUCCUCCACUCUUUGAAUCGAUACAGCCGUUACAUAAGCAUUUUGGACUGUGACAACAAAACCCUCCGGUGUCCACCAUACAAGGGAACACUAAUAAGCCAUUUGGCAGACCACAGGACUCAGAUCAAACGUGGCAGCACCUACUUCCUCCACAUUCAGGGUAUGUUGACUCAGCUCACAGCCAAGGCCUUCCUUUAUACAUUCUGCCAUCACAUUCACCUUCCCAUGGACAUCAACGACCAGGGCUCGGUAACGUCACGCAGGACUAAUUUCUUGUUGCAGCUCGGCUACACUGUGGAGGAAAGUAAAAUCAUCCAGUACCUGAGUGAGCUCAUCAAGCAGCAUUACAUUCACGGGUCCUCCAAAGUGGGCAACCCGUCUUUUUCUUUUAAUUAUACCACCAGCUAUUUGUACAAGAUCUGAAUGUGUCCACUUUAUGUUUGACAUAACGUUUCCCAAUCCUGUUCCUAAAGGCACACCAACAGUGUAAAGAAAACAACAAAUCAGGAGAUCAAAUGUGUCCACUGUACGCUCCACAUUUAAGCAAUGUUUCCCAACCCUGUUCCUAAAGGCACACCAACAGUAUACAUUUUCAACCUCGUCCUAAUCAAACACACCUAAAUCAACUCAUUAGAACAUUAGAAGACUCCAAAACCUGAAGUUAAUUGGUCAGAUAAAGGAGACCUCCAAAAACACUGAAUUAAAGGGAUAGUUCGGCAAAAACUGAAAGUUCAAUGUCUUCGCUUGUUUCAAACAUGGCUGGAUUUCUUCUUUUCGCAAAUGAAGAUAUUUUGAAGCUGGAAACCAUUGAAUUUAAUAAUAUUUGUUUUUUCCUACAAUGGAAGUGAAUGGUUACCAGGUUUCAGCAUUCUUCACAGUAUCUUCUUUUGUACAAGAGGCUAAAGAAACGCCAUAAAGGUUUGGAAUAACUUCAGGAAGCGUAAACAAUGUAAAUGUUCAUUUUUGGCUGAACUUUUUUUUUUAAACCCCAUUUAAAAUCAGGAGACCAAAUGUGUCCACUGUAUGCUCUACAUUAAAGCACGGUUUCCCAACCCUGCUCUUAAAGGCACACCAACAGUACACAUUUUUCAACCUCUUCCUAGUCAAACACACCUAAAUCAACUCAUCAGAACAUUAGAGGACUCCAAAACCUGAAGUUAUUGGGUCAGAUAAGGGAGACAUCCAAAAUAUGUACUGUUGGUGUGUGUUCAGGAACAGGUUUGGGAAGCACUGAAUCAAAGGGAUAGUUCGACAAAAACUGAAAGUUCAGUCUCUUUGCUUGUUCCAAACCUGGUUGAGUUUCUUCUGUUCAAAAAUGAAGAUAUUUUAAACCUGGAAACCAUUUGAAUUUCAUAAUAUGUUUUUCCUACAAUGGAAGUGAAUGGUUACCGGUUUUCAGCAUUCUUCACAGUAUCUUCUUUUGUUCAAGAGGCUAAAGAAACUCCAUAAAGGUUUGGGAUCACUUGAGGAUGAGCAAACAGUUUGCAAAUAUUCAUUUUUGGCUGAACUAUUUUUUUAAACCCUGGUUAAAAUCAGGAGACCAAAUGUAUCGAAUGUAAUCGCUUGCAUUUUGUUCAUGUUUUAAUAUGCGAGCAUUCUUCCCAUGGCAUUCCAGGAAGCGGCAGGUUGAGCGUUUGGUGUUACAAAAGUGGUCUUGACUGUUUGUUUAGUCUAGAAGAGGUUUCAAUUUCGAUAUAUUGCCAAACUGUUUUAAAUAGAGGAAAUAGGCUCCUCUUGUGGUGUGAAAACCACAGAUUCAGCAAGUAGACUGAUUUCGAAAGAGGCCAUUAUUUAAGUGUGUAGUUUCCAUUCACUACACCGGAAAAAAGAAACAGCAGGAGGAUCUCUAAUCGUGAUUUAAUUGAUCUGCUCCUGGUGGCUUAUUUAAUAAUUAAUACUUGCCUUUACAAGGAGUGAUGGUGCAUGGAAAUCACAAGCAUAAUUGUGACAUAACACUCUAACUGCUGUACCUUCACCCAACAGCCUUUAUAAAACACAUUAGCAUCAUAUGUAUUUAAAUGAGCACAGAAAUGGGUCAGUGAUUUAGUUGUUUUGAUACUUGUGUUCUUGACUUGAGAAAUCAUUAAUGUGCUAAUAUUAAUAUAGGGGGAAAACUUGCUAAGUAAUCGUUUUUUCUGCCCUUCCUAUUGUUUUUUUAUAAUAAUAAUACAAAGGUUGAAGAUACUAAACGAACAAAAAUGGAGCCAACCGCCCUCUGUGUUUUAAUGUAAUCGUGUGAUACGGUGAAUGAAUGUACUGCAUGUCAAGAUUGUGAAGAGCUGUUACACGACCUCCUGCAUGUUUGAAGAACUCAAUGUAAUGACGAAUAAGAUGGCACUUCCAUAGUAUCAUGUGUUGUACUGUUCAGACUUUCUAGAUAUAUUUAAAAGGGUUAGAAAUCUCUGUCUUAAGUUGUGUGCAAGCAUGAGUAACUGUGAGGAUGUGACAUGAACGAGAAUGGUGGUUGUCGCCGAAACCCAUCGUCUGUAAUUGUUAUUCCCACUACUGCAUGUCCGCAGUCGUAGUCCAAAUUACAGAUCUGAACUGCCACCGCUGUGUUUCCGAUGCAAGUGUGUUUUAAUAUGGCGUUGUUUUGGCUACCCAGUAAUUAUCGGCCUUCGUAACUGUUUUAAGUCAGAUUGUAUCAGCAUCUAAUUGUGGAGUCUGUUGAAUGUAAAUUGAGAAUAAGCCAUACCAUUAUGUGCACAUUAUCUUCUAAGAAGGUUUCCCGAACAAAUCUUUAUUGCUCUGUGUAAAUCAUGCUUUGCUACUUUUCUCCAAUCUAUUUUGAGUCAGUGUUGUGAGCUUGUCUGGGAUGAGGUGUAAUCUUCAUGCUUAAGUAUUUAUGUUCAUUAAAUUGAGGGUCAUCUAAGUUGCUUCCCACUGUGAAAAUACUCUACCUUCAAUUUCAUUAAAUUAUUUAUGAUUUGGC